AGCGGGAGGGAGGGCGCCAUGAUGGGGGGGGCCGGGAGCCCCGGGCCGGGAGGGGGCACCGAGAGGGGCCCGGGGGGGCUGAGGGGGGCUCGGAGGGGCUGAGGGGGCCCGGGGGGAGCCGCGGGGAGCAGAAGCGGGCGGGGGGCGAGGCCCCGGCGCUGCAGCCCCGCCGCGCGCCCCCUCAGGGCCGGCGCCAAGAUGGCGGAGGAGGGCGGCGAGGAGAAGAAGCAGGUGGCCAAGUUCGAGCUGGAGCGCGAGACCGAGCUGCGCUUCGAGGUGGAGGCGUCGCAGACGGUGCAGAUGGAGCUGCUGAGCGGCAUGGCCGAGGUGUUCGGCACCGAGCUGACCCGCAACAAGAAGUUCACCUUCGACGCCGGCGCCAAGGUGGCCGUCUUCACCUGGCACGGCUGCAGCGUGCAGCUCAGCGGGCGCACCGAGGUGGCCUACGUGUCCAAGGACACCCCCAUGCUGCUCUACCUCAACACGCACACGGCCCUGGAGCAGAUGCGCCGGCAGGCGGAGCGCGAGGACGAGCGGGGGCCCCGCGUCAUGGUGGUGGGCCCCACCGACGUGGGCAAGUCCACCGUGUGCCGCCUGCUGCUCAACUACGCCGUGCGCCUGGGCCGCCGGCCCACCUUCGUGGAGCUGGACGUGGGCCAGGGCUCCGUCUCCAUCCCCGGCACCAUGGGCGCCCUCUACAUCGAGCGGCCGGCGGACGUGGAGGAGGGGUUUUCGCUCCAGGCCCCGCUGGUCUACCACUUCGGCUCCACCACGCCAGGCACCAACAUCAAGCUCUACAACAAGAUCACGUCCCGUCUGGCCGACGUCUUCAACCAGCGCUGCGAGGUGAACCGGCGCGCCUCGGUGAGCGGCUGCGUCAUCAACACGUGCGGCUGGGUGAAGGGCUCGGGCUACCAGGCACUGGUGCACGCCGCUUCCGCCUUCGAGGUGGACGUGGUGGUGGUGCUGGACCAGGAGCGCCUCUACAACGAGCUCAAGAGGGACCUGCCCCACUUCGUGCGCACCGUGCUGCUCCCCAAAUCCGGCGGGGUGGUGGAGCGCUCCAAGGACUUCCGCCGCGAGUGCCGGGACGACCGCAUCCGCGAGUACUUCUACGGCUUCCGGGGCUGCUUCUACCCGCACGCCUUCGACGUCAAGUUCUCCGACGUCAAGAUCUACAAGGUGGGGGCGCCCACCAUCCCGGACUCCUGCCUGCCGCUGGGGAUGUCGCAGGAGGACAACCAGCUGAAGCUGGUGCCGGUGACGCCGGGCCGGGACAUGGUGCACCACCUGCUGAGCGUCAGCAUGGCCGACAGCGCCGACGACAACAUCUCGGAGACCAGCGUGGCCGGCUUCAUCGUGGUCACCGGCGUCGACCUGGAGCGCCAGGUCUUCACCGUGCUGUCCCCCGCGCCUCGCCCCCUGCCCAAGAACUUCCUCCUCAUCAUGGACAUCCGCUUCAUGGACCUCAAGUAGCGCCCCCGCCCCCCCGUUCUCGCAGCCCCCUUUUUGUACCUCGUUCUUAUUAAAGCCCUGCCUCGGGCUCCUGCCUCCUGCU